ACAGCUAAUCUGGUAAUGAAGGUUUUGUUGCAAAACUUAUUAUUUUACACUGUGAAAUCAAAAUGAAAAUAAACGUGCUUCUUAACAGGCUGGAAAUGUGUCCUGCGUUUCUUGGGAUGGCAAAGGAAAGCUUAAUUGGACGACGUUCGGCUGUGAGACAAAAAUAGAAAACAACACCAUAAAGUGCUCCUGCUCACAUCUGACGUUCUUUGCAGUGCUGAUGUCUCAGUCAGAUGCAAACAUCACAGCGCCGUAUCUGGAAUCACUGACUUUAAUUUCUUCUAUCGGCUGCGGCAUCUCCAUUUUUUUUCUGUCCAUCGGUUUAUUCAUGCAUUUCCUGCUACGGAAAGCCAAAUCAAAUCAGGCCACGAAGAUCUUGAUGAACAUGUUUGUGGCUUUGUUUCUACUGAAUGCUUCGUUUUUGUCAAACGAGAGCAUCGCUAACACAGGAGACAACACUGCGUGCGUCUUCAUAGCGCUGCUCCUGCAUUACUCCAUGCUGGCCUCAUUCACCUGGUUCUUCAUUCAAGCUCUUCAUAUGUACUUAUGGCUCAUCAGACAGAACGUCUCCAUCACAAACUACAUGAGGAAGAUCACCGUGUUGGGCUGGGUGUUUGCCGCACCGAUAGUCGUAGGUAUUGCUUCUGGAGGAGAAUAUGAAACAGUGACCCUAAACACUACAUCUGGAAAAAUCGCACGAAUGUGCUGGACUACAAAUCCUUACAUUCACUACAUAGUGAACAUCGGCUACUACGCUUUAGUUUUCGUCUUCACGACAGGAAUCUUCAUCAUGAUCGUCACUAAGGUCCUUCAGGCCAGAAACUUAAAAAUGGUUGACAGCAAGAGAAAGACGUUCAGAAAGCAGCUGAUGAUGGUGUUGAGUUUGUUCCUGCUCUUCGGUCUGACGUGGUCUGUGGCGUUCUUCAGUUAUGGACCGAUGCACAUUACCUCAUAUUACAUAUUCACUGUGCUGAACUCGUUACAGGGUUUUUUCCUCUUCCUGUACUACUACCACAUUCACAAUGAUGUCGCGGGUAAUUUCUCUGAUGAUCCAGAAAGCACAGACUCCACCACAACCAUCGCUCAAUCCAGCCAUACUGCUGUGGAAAAUAUUUAUAACUAGCAUAAUUAGGACAGAAGGUCUUCUUUGUAUCAGACUUUCUUAGACUGAUUUCUUAAACUGAUCUGUCAUUGUUUAAGGGGAAACUGUGAAUUCUCACCAAAAUCAAGCUCAAAAACAAAACAAAGACGAAUGUCACAAGAAAGAACUGUUUAAAAUGAUGCAUGCUCAUAAUAACCCUAAAAAAAAUCAUUUUAGUGAAAAAAAAAAAAAAACUCAAAAUAAUUAACUGACAAUUGUUACUGAAACUUUAUUAUUGUAGAAGGAUUGAAUAUGAUAUAACCUGAUAUUCCUGAUGUUCAAUUUAUUGAGAGUUAUAAUCAUCAUUCUGUGUUAUUAUGUGCAUUUCAGAGUGACUCAAACAACACUAAACCUCUUUUAUGAAACAAAUUAGCAUCUUCAGGAUUAAUGUCCACACGUCUUUGGAUUCAUAUGUUUGCAUGGUUAUUAUUAGAUAUAGCAGCGUGAUAAAAUCCACACACAUGGAUAUGGUGUAUAUUUGGUAAACGAAAACAACAUACAAAACACUGUUAGAAUCAGCUAAUAUCUUUUGCAUUAUUUAAUGUGGUUUACAUCUACAGAUGCUGUUAUCUCUGAAUGACUGUCAUGAAGCUAUUAAAUGUCAUCACUGUUUAUCAUGAUGGAGAUUUAGAGGCUCCAAAAUGAUUUAUUCACAUUUAGUCAAACUUGUAAAUAUGUGAAUGUACUUCAAAUAUGUGAAAGAGUGCACUUCAUUGUUUCUAUGAAAAAAAAAAAAAAAAGUCAAACUUUUCUGUACGGGAAUAUGAAUGUAAAUAUUGCAAAUUAAUUUAAAUAUUGUCUAAUUGCCUCUAAUAAAGGUUAAGCUUUUACUGGAA